GCUUGGCAACUUUAGUAUUCCACAACUGAAUACGGAUGAUCUCUGAUAGUGCAGGAUCUCUGAGUCAUGAAGCUAGGGAGGCAUUUCUCUCAGCUUUGUUUUCUGAUGGUCGUGCAGAAUGGAUGGAUAAAGGUCAUAGAAAAUGUCUAAUCUUAUGGCAUCGCAUCCAGGACUGGGCAGACUUGAUUGUAAACUUUGUAAAGGAGUAUGGGCUGGAGGACAGUGUUAUGACAGUUGAAGAAAUACGUUCCGGGACAGAGUCCCGUGGAACAGAGCUUCAUGGAAUGGACCGUACAGUUCUUAUGCGAGCUUUGAAGCUGCUUGAACAUAAGGGGAAGCUUGCGAUAUUUAAGGGAACUUCAGCUGAUGAUGAAGGUGUCAAAUUUUCUCUGUAAACCACCUUUUUCACUUGUCUUGAGGAAACAUGAGAUUUUGAAAUUCUUAAACGUUUGGCAGGAUCACACAAAUUUUGAAAGUAGAAUUUGCACGAAUCCAAAUAUUGUAAUGUCACGACUUGCAAUCUUCUAAGUAUGUCAUAUAUAUGAGUUGUUGAUGCGUUAUUCUAUAUGUAAACCAAGCCGCCAACAGUGGAUCCAUUUAUUACUUUUCUAUCCAGGCUUUGCAAGUACCAUUUUCAUGAAAAUCCAAGACCUAUAUAUAUACUUGCAGGCUGAAAAUACCAAGUAGGAUGACAUAAAUAUUGCAAUACAUCUCUUCAUAAAGAAGCAGCCUAUCUCAUACCAGCCACUACAUUGUGAUUUCACAGUUUAACUAAAGAACAACCUUAUUAAUCUAAUGAAUUAAAUAAAACCAAUGAAAAGAGGUACACGUAAUAUGCCAUGAGGAAAGACUUUCAGGUUGUAUCUCCAUAUACUGAACAAAGACUUUCUCAUGCAUAAGAUGGAGCAAGGCAUUCAUCAACCAUGUCGACAAGGUUAGGGUUUUCCAAUGCUGCAGCUACCCGCUCUUUAUCAUUCAACUGCUUAUUUACUGCAGAGAGAAAAUAAAUGAUCAGUUGCUGAAUAUAUAGCAAUUGCACACUACUCCUAAAAAAGCUCUCUAGUGCUAAUGCUUUAUGAUUAAAAAAAAAAAA